AUGGUCAGAAAGCCAGUUGUGGCCACCAUCUCCAAAGGAGGUUACCUGCAGGGCAAUGUGAGCGGGAGGCUGCCCUCCAUGGGGGACCAAGAGCCACCUGGGCAGGAGAAGGUGAUUCUGAAAAAGAAGAUCACUUUGCUGAGGGGGGUCUCCAUCAUCAUCGGCACCGUCAUCGGAUCAGGCAUCUUCAUCUCCCCCAAAGGCAUACUCCAGAACACGGGCAGCGUGGGCAUGUCCCUGGUUUUCUGGUCUGCCUGUGGAGUACUGUCACUUUUUGGAGCCCUGUCCUAUGCUGAGUUGGGUACGAGCAUAAAGAAAUCUGGUGGCCAUUAUACAUACAUUCUGGAGGUCUUUGGUCCUUUGCUAGCUUUUGUUCGAGUCUGGGUGGAACUGCUUGUAAUACGCCCCGGAGCUACUGCUGUGAUAUCCCUGGCAUUUGGACGCUACAUUCUGGAACCAUUUUUUAUUCAAUGUGAAAUUCCUGAACUUGCAAUCAAGCUCGUAACAGCUGUGGGCAUCACUGUGGUGAUGGUCUUAAAUAGCAUGAGUGUCAGCUGGAGUGCCCGGAUCCAGAUUUUCCUAACCUUUUGCAAGCUCACAGCAAUUCUGAUAAUUAUAGUCCCUGGAGUUAUACAGCUAAUUAAAGGGCAAACACAUCACUUUAAAGAUGCAUUUUCAGGAAGAGAUACAAGUCUAACGGGGUUGCCUUUGGCUUUUUAUUAUGGGAUGUAUGCAUAUGCUGGCUGGUUUUACCUCAACUUUAUUACUGAAGAAAUAGACAACCCUGAAAAAACCAUCCCUCUUGCAAUCUGCAUCUCCAUGGCUAUCAUCACAGUGGGCUACGUCCUGACAAAUGUGGCCUAUUUUACAGCCAUUAGUGCUGAGGAGCUGUUGCAGUCCAGCGCUGUGGCGGUGACCUUCUCUGAGCGGCUGCUGGGAAAAUUCUCAUUAGCAGUCCCGAUCUUUGUUGCCCUCUCCUGCUUCGGCUCCAUGAACGGUGGUGUGUUCGCCGUCUCCAGGUUAUUCUAUGUUGCAUCUCGAGAAGGGCACCUUCCUGAAAUUCUCUCCAUGAUUCAUGUCCACAAGCACACUCCUCUGCCAGCUGUUCUUGUUUUGCAUCCUUUGACAAUGAUAAUGCUCUUCUCCGGAGACCUCUACAGUCUUCUGAAUUUCCUCAGUUUUGCCAGGUGGCUUUUUAUGGGUCUGGUAGUCGCUGGGCUGAUUUAUCUUCGAUACAAACGCCCAGAUAUGCAUCGUCCUUUCAAGGUGCCUCUGUUUAUCCCAGCGCUAUUUUCCUUCACCUGCUUCUUCAUGGUUGUCCUCUCCCUUUACUCGGAUCCGUACAGCACUGGGGUCGGCUUCCUUAUCACCUUGACUGGGGUCCCUGCAUAUUAUCUCUUCAUUGUAUGGGACAAGAAACCCAAGUGGUUCCAACAAUUAUCAGACAGAAUAACCAGAACAUUACAGAUUAUCUUAGAAGUUGUACCAGAAGACUCUAAAGAAUUAUGA